AUGUGGCUGAUAGAGCCAGUCGAAUGCUUCAAUGAUACGUUCACCGUUCGCAACCUGGCCUCUGGGAAUUAUCUCGACCUGACCGAUGGCUCUAAGAGCGACGGAACUUCCAUCUACUGCCGCGCAUCAACCGGAGGCAGUAAUCAAAAGUGGAUCAUAAAGAGAGACUUACACCAAGAGCCCCGGAAAGAGUCCCUAUGGAAGAUGCAAAAUGAAGCUUCAAAGACUUUCGCAGACCUCUACGGGGGUGGGCCUCACCUAACCCCCAUUGUAGGAUGGCAAGGUAGCUGGACCGAGGCAGAGUCAAUCGGAAGAACUCGCCAAUGGAGAUUCGAAUGCAUCAGCCAGACGAACGACCAAAUUCGCACCAUCCUCAAAGCAAGCCCGCAUGUCCAGCAAAGUUUCGCUAGUGAUAAGUUGUACCUCAUAUCGUCUUCGCAGAGGCUUUAUGCAAUAUGGGGGGAAACUGGCCUUGGGAGCACGCAGUCGAGGGAGGAAAUCUUUGAUUCUGACGAUUUCGCAUUGGGCAAGCCAAUUUUCAAGGCCGAAGUUGCGAAGUGGGGAAACAAAACCUUCAAAGCUGAUGGGUUUGGGAUCCUCUGUGGCAUGAUGUUCGGUAGCAAAACGGACAAUAACGGCAAAGAAAUUUCAACCGCUUAUAACUGGAACCUUGAAGUAAAGGAUCUCUCCAAAGUGGUUUUUUAUCGGCCCAUGGACGGAACGAUUUCCUAUGAUGCCGACGGUUACAAGGCUUACUUUGGCUUAUACUGA